AUGGAAGGAGACUUGCAAGUGGAGGAUCAAUCAAGCAAUCAUCAACAAUAUCAGAAACAGUUCUUUGGAUUUAGUACCCCAGAAAUGCUUGUAGGUGUCACUAAUGCUGGAAAAUUUUACUCUGAGGAAAUGCGCAAGAGUGUUAAGGAACAAUUAAUCAAUAAGGGAAUGUCUUCUGAAGAUGCCAAACAGCAAUAUCUACCAGCAAAUGUAUUCCAUAUUCCUGAUGAUAUCUUACUACCUGAAGAUGAGGUGCAAAUUAACCAGUAUACCGAACAAGAAGAAGAAAAACUGGAUCAUGAAAUCGAUUUGGUAUGCCAAGAAAUUAGAAAGGUGAAAAAGAUCACCUCUGAAAUAAGAAGAAUGGAAGAGCUGAUAAAACAGAUAGAUAAUGAUGCUGCUAAAGUGAACAGUUUAAAAGAAGAAGUAGUUCUUCAAUUGAAAGGACUAAAUCAAGAUAAAAUUCAAUAA